CCUUUUCCUUUCUUUCCUUUUCUUUUCUAGUUUGCCAAACACACGACAAAAUGGGGCUCUUCCGCGUCUCCAGAGAGAGCAACACCCCGCCCUCCCUGAACCCUAACAAUUUCGACCGAUCGCCGGGAAAAAGUCGCCGGAAGCUCCUAACCUAACACGCGGUCUAUGGAGGCGCGUCGUCUCCGAACCCUAUUCAGGAACUCGACUUCACUCUCUUCUCUGCUACAGAGUCUCCGCAAUUUCUCUUCCUCCUCCUCAUCAUCUUCUUCUUCGGCCGCCGCGAGCCCGAGAACCUGGAAGUUCUUCUCCGACGAUCCGCUGGAAGUUGGGAGUUCCGUGUACCGUCACGCCCUCAAAUUCCAGCGACCAUCCACCAUCGAAUGGCGAGAAGAGCUCCGCAACUCCGUUAGCUUCAUCGGAAUAGUCGGCUUUCCUCUCCGGAAAUUAAAAUGCCGUGAAUUUGGUGCUUACACCUUCCUCAACGUCAAAACCUCCCCCAAUUCCAACACCUCAUUCAGGAUUUUACUGAAGAUGUGGAAUGAGAUGGCAGAAAUAUCUAUCAAACAUUUGAAACCAAAUGAUUGUAUUUAUGUUUCAGGUCAUUUAGGAUCAUAUACAAAAGAUGAGAAUGAAAAUCUCAAAACAUGUUACGAGCUAAUUGUGAAGGAAAUAAAUUAUGUUGUGCAACCUGGUCAAGGCCCAAUUGAGAAGAAAUAUGAGGAAUCAGAUUCAGGAGGUGAAACUGUUUUAGAAAGGUACAAAAAUCGCCUUCACUUGUGGCAAGUGUUCUUUGCCAACCCAUCUGAAUGGCUGGAUAACAGAAAGAGAAAAACAAAGCUAAAUCAACCAGAUUUUAAGAACAAGGAUAGUGGUGAAGCUCUCUGGAUCAAACCCAAUGAUCCUUCAUGGAUUAAAAUACAACUUCAACUGCAUGAUUCUAGGUUGGCAUCGCGAGGCCACAGAGAAGAUGCAAAUUCUCGUUCUAGUUUGUCACCUUGGGUUUAUGACGACUAGGAAGAAAUCAGAUUUCUAAUAGAAGAACAAAAUUUCAGUGUGAGCUUCAGUUUGCAACGGAUAGUGUUUUUUUCGUCUGGUUGAUUCUAUCCUAUCUUGCUAUUGCGUCUUGCUGAUAUACAAAGUUUCAGUGAUCUUGUUAUAUGGAGGCCUAUGAAAGGAGUAAGAGUGAUAUCGAAUUUCUGUUUUCCCUUGUGCAUAAUAUAUAGCUGUGCAGAUUUCAAUAGAAAAGAUAGUUGAUACUAAGGUACUGUUAACUACUCUUUGCUUCUAUUACAUACUGAAACUCAACUUUCUAGUACAGAGAUCAUUAUUUACUACUAGUGGUGAUUUACCAUCAAUACAAUUAUUAUUAUUAUU